UAGUUAUGGGAAAUGUAUAUGAGCAAAGAAGCCAAAUCCGUCCCUGUCCCAAGUCCCCAAGUCCCAACCCGCUAUAGUUUAGUUUAGGGGAGCGAUGUGGAGUUCGAGCACAGCGAUAACAGUAGCACCAGCAGGCUCCUCAGAAGAGGAGCACACUGAAUGGUCUUCCUCUUCCUUCUUCAAAUUCUCUUCUGGAAACCCUAGAAUCGAAGAGACACGUGGCCUCAUGCAUCUCUUCCCCGACGACACUCCUUCUCCUCUUCCCGUUGGACGCAAACCUCUCGUCUGCGUUGUCGGCGUACCCAAUCACAUGACCUAUGCCGAUUUCUGCCAAUUCUGUGGUUCAUUCAUUCAGCACAUGCUCGAGAUGCGCAUCGUUAGGAUGGAUGGGAUGGAGGAUCAGUACAGUGUCUUAAUUCGGUUCGAUGACCAAGACUCCACCGACAGCUUCUACAAGCACUACAAUGGCCGUCUUUUCUCAUCUCUCGAGGUUGAGGUUUGCCGUGUUCUUUUCACAUUAGAUGUGCAGUACACUGGCUCCAUUGAACAUGCACAGCAGCCAUCCAAUGCUAGUUCUACUGAACAGCCUACCUGUCCUGUGUGCCUUGAGCGGUUAGAUCAAGACACCAGUGGAAUUCUUACAACCAUAUGCAAUCAUUCUUUCCACUGUUCCUGCAUUUCAAAAUGGGCAGAUUCUUCUUGUCCUGUAUGCCGCUAUUGCCAGCAGCAAGCUGAAAAAUCCAUAUGUUUUGUUUGUCAAACCACUGAAAACCUUUGGAUAUGCGUUAUAUGUGGGUUUGUUGGCUGUGGAAGAUAUAAAGGAGGACAUGCUAUAAUACACUGGAAAGAGACACAGCAUUGCUAUUCCCUAGAAGUAGAGACCAAACGCGUGUGGGAUUAUGUGGGAGACAAUUAUGUUCAUAGACUUAUUCAGUCCAAAACGGAUGGGAAAUUAGUUGAGCUUAACUCUCACUGUUCGCACACGGACAGUGGAUGUGGAAGUUGCAGCUGUGAAGAUAAUGGCAUGAGCGAGGCUAUACUUAAUAGUAAAGUUGAAGCUAUUGUCAAUGAGUACAAUGAAUUGCUUGCCACUCAACUUGAAAACCAAAAAUUAUAUUUUGAAUCCUUACUACAAGAAGUAAAAGAAGAAACUGAAAGAAAAAUUUCCAAAGCCGUUCAGAAGGCUGUUAGUCUUAAACAGCAGAAGAUUCAGUCCAAGAUUGACAGAUGUGUCAAAGAGAAAAAGUUUUUGGAUGAUCUUAAUGAGAAUCUUGUGAAAAAUGAGGAGAUUUGGAAAACAAAGGUUCUUGAGAUUGAAGAGAGGGAGAAAAAAGCUCUGAGACUGAUGGAAGAUAGAGUAGCGGACCUAGAAGUGCAGCUUAGCGAUCUCAUGGUUUGUCUUGAGGGUGGGAAGACAGUAGAACAGCUGCCCGUUUCAAAUGAAACUAAAGAAGGGAUUCUCUCUGACAAUCCAAAAGAAUCCUCGUCAACUGGUAGCUCGGAGCUGGGAAGAAAAGCAUAACCAUGUCUUCUUUUUGUGUAGUGAGUUGUCGGACUGACCUAUACCAUGCCCUUUUUUUUUGGUCGAAAUACCAUGUCUAUAUUCACAAGUAUAUAGAAACUACACACGUGCAUCCACGAAUUGAGAUGCUUCCACCUGAUUUUUGUCUGUGUAAACCUCAAAUGGUACUGUUCAGACUUGUAAAUGAAAAGACUUCUAUCGGUCACCAUUCGUAAGAUUGAUUCCGAAUAAAUGCAAGUAUCGGGCUGGAAU